AUGACGUCGCUCAGGUUUACCCUGCUUCCAGACGCUCUGCUCCACCUUCACGAUGUACUUCUGCGCUUCUCGGCACUGAAUUUGACUAAAUCAGCAUAUGCAUCUUUCAAAUUUGAUGCUUCCUCUUUUUUCUUUCAGUAUUUAUUUGCUAGCCCGAGGCGCAAUGCGUCUGGGUCCACAGCAAGGAAUACUGGCGAUAAGUUAACGUGUCAAAUAUACAUCAAGGCACUUCUGUCAGUUUUCAGGGGGCGUGUCAGUGAUUUCAAAGAUAGAGAAACCGCCAUUGAGCGUUGCGAAGUUCAGUUCCAAGACAGCCCAGACGAAACAGAAUGCAGGUUUAUCAUCCGGAUGAUAUGUAGGCAUGGGGUCGUCAAGACUUAUAAAUUAACCUACGAAACUGUAGAGGUUCAACACGCUUUAUUCGACAAGUCAAAGACUAAAAACCAAUGGGCCAUAGAUUCGAAGUAUCUGCGAGAAAUUAUCGAACAUUUCGGUCCUAGUGCUGAACUGCUGGAUAUUUUCUCUGAGAAUAAUAGAGCGGUGUUCACGAGUUUUACUACAAAAGUUGCUGAUGGGAAAGAAAUCCUCAAGCAGCCUGUUCAUACAUCAGUGGCCAUCGACAUAAGAGAUUUUGACCAUUUCACGGUAGAAGAUAAACUUCACGUAGCUAUUAACGUGAAGGAUUUCAAGGCCAUCGUCAUCCACGCACAUUCCCUAGGUGAAAGUACUGUGGCACGAUAUACUCGUCCAUGCCGACCAAUGCAGAUAUCGUACGAGGCGAACGGAAUGAUGUGUGAGUUCACGUUGAUGACAAGGGGUGAGUUCGAAGAGGCAAUCUCCGGAUCUACAAACGGAAACCGGGAGUUAUCGGCAAGGCCUUAUUCCCGACGCGCAACUGUCCCUUCGAGGGAGCCCGUAACGAACCCUCCACCUGAAAUUCCAGAAUCUAUUCCCAAAUAUCACUCUCUCCAGCAGCCCUCUCAAGAGGCAGUCCAACAGGAAGGCCAGGUGAAUGCACCGCCAAACUCUACAAUUCCAUUUGAGUCAUUGUUUGUUCCGGCGGACGAUGACCAACAAUGGGACGAGCCCAGGUACGGGGACGAGGACGAAGACACCCUUGGCUGGGACGCAAAUAUGGAUCAGAACGCAUUCCAGGCGAGCAUUGGAGGACGAAUCCAGGACAUCACGCCAACUGGAGCCAGUAUGAGGCAUCAGAAUGAUCAGGAUCAAAGAGACUCCAUAGCAAUUCCUCCCACACAAAGGAUAUCUCAAGUACGAGGGCUAUUUGAUUAA